AUGGCUCAACAAGCUCUUAUCAACUUGCCAGCUGAACUGAUAACCGAAAUCUUUUAUCAUCUAUUAUCACCAGACCCUAAGCACUUGCGGGACUAUCAGAACUUCCGGGAAACAUGCAAAACUAUAGCUGAGGCAACGUCUUCAGCUUUCAAAGCACGCUUCUUCCGCAUUCGCUACGUAAUGCUAGAGAAGGAAAGCCUAUUGAAUCUUGUGAACAUUUCACGCCACCAUAUUCUGAGUCAAGCGGUUGAAGUUGUCGAGCUCUGCGUUGAUCAUCUCAUCCAACCCAAAGACUACAUGAGCCACGAAGAACUAGAGAUUUGUGGAGUCAAAGACGAGUAUGAUUUCUUCCGAGUUCGGAAUGGCGAAGUUGUCUUACUGGGCGACGAUAGUUGGGAGCAAAUAAUCCAAACCUAUAAGGAUGGAUGGCAGGAGCAAACGGAAUUCUUCUCCCAAAGGCAACAUAUGAGUUAUUUAGCGAUAGCUCUCACUAACCUCAAAAACUGCAAAGCUAUUGGGAUAUCGGAUCAUACCCGACCAUGGGGCGCCUUUAAGCUUGGGCGACGUAUUGGCGUACUUCCAAAUAGGUUUAUUUCUGAUUUCUUACCUAAUAGCAUGGUUCAUGCCUUAGUAGUAAUCAGAACACUGUUUUUCGCACUUAUUAAGAGCCGCCUUCCCAUAGAGGAGAUAUAUAUCGAGUUUGGAGAUAUGAUGGAAGGUUGUACGUCUGUUAUUCCACGGAUGCUAUCGCUCCCAAGCAGUCUCGCAAAAGCCGUAAAAUCCGAAAUCACGACCAUCACAAAGCUCAGUCUUGUUAUCAAUCCUAAGGAUAGCGAUAAUCAUUUCAGCCAAGAAAUUAGAAAAUUCUUUGCAGAGAAUGACCCAGUACAGGAAGAAAAAUAUGAUUGGCAAUCAGACUUUCAUAGCUUCUCUAGCCUUUUUCCAGCGCUCACCGAUAUUACUUUAUUCUUCAACUAUUGCGAAGAGAAGCAACAAUUUCCAGGACUUUCAGAAAGCCUCUAUAUUCCUCUUCUUCAAAGGUUAUGCCUUGAGUAUCUAGACUGCACGAGAGACGAACUCCUGACGCUCUUACGGCGACAUCAAAAUACACUUCGAAGACUUACUCUCGAAAAUGUUAAAAUUACUACCCAAGGUCUAGACGCUUGGUCUUUUCUCAUACAAACUCUUCAGAACGAAUUUAGAUUAGAUGAGUUGGAAAUAAGAGGGUGUGGUAUUGACGAUUGCGAUUUUAAUAUAGAUUUUGAUCUCCCUGAUCGACUUUCUGCACAUACCAGCGAGGAAAUGAAUUUACUACAAAAGGAAAUACUUCAGGUUGAAGAAGAAGAAAGACUUAAAGGGAUCCAAGCAUAG